AGAGAUAGCUGCGUUCACGGUUUCAUAGAUAUUUUCGGAGGAUGAGACGUGUUUUUGUGUGUAACUUGCCGAAGCAAAAGCAGUAGAGAAACAACCACAUAAGAGAAAAUCAACACCCUUUCUUUCGUCGUAACAAAAUUGCAAAAUUUUAUGUUCUCCUUACCUUCCUAGUUAAUUAUUUACAUGCAAAUUUCGUUCCCACAAUGGACAGCUUAUAUAACAUAGGGACUGCAAUAUUACUCGGUAUAUUAGAUAGCAUUAAGGGAAUAGCCGUAGUUUUCUACCUAGAUAGGGAAGCCAACCGGAAGGCCCAGCAGCAGCAGUCGAAACCGGGCCGAGCGACCAAGGAAAGUCUGUCCACUCCGACGCCCGCAGCAGCAGCAGUUGCCCAUCAGCAGCACCAACAGCAGCAGGCUGCGACCACAACGAAGCUGAUGGGUGUAAACAACAAAGACAACGUCAAGAGGAAAGAGGAAUCCAAAGUCCUGCAUCGCGUUCUGCAGUGCUGCCUGCUGAACGGAGGAGUCUUCAUGCUGAGCAUCUUGCUGUUCGAGUACGGCAUCCUGCCCGGGCUGAACUUCUGCCUGUCCUAUCUCUUCUCCAACUCGGGAACCGUGGCCACCAUCUGGGGCUGGAUGAAACCGUCCCUUUCGUUGAUGUUCCACAGCUUCUGGGUCGCGCCGCUGUUCCUGCUCAGCAAGAUCGUCAACAGCCUCUGGUUCCAGGACAUUGCCGACUCGGCGUACAAGUUUCGCAAGGGCCGCCCCCAACUGAUCCCCAGCAUCAGCAAACUGAUCGCCGACACGCUCAUCAGUCUGCUGAUUCAGAUCCUGUUCCUGGUGCAGAGCACCGUCGUCAAGUAUCUGCCCAUACCGGUGCCGUUCGCGUGCAGUGUGCUCUACAUUGUGCACAUGAGCCUGCUCUGCUCGCUGUACGCCUUCGAGUACAAGUGGUUCAACAUGGGCUGGGAGCUGCACAAACGCCUAACCUACAUCGAAACGAACUGGCCGUUCUUCAUCGGGUUUGGGCUCCCGUUGGCCAUCCUCUCCGAACUGCCCAACUCACUCGUCAUCAGCGGUUGUGUGUUUUCGGUUCUGUUUCCUCUGUUCAUACUCAGCGCAAACGAGGCCACUCCAAAAGUGUCCGUGUGCGAGACGCCGUUGAAGCUGUUCUCCCUAGUGGUGGCCAUCACCAAUGCCAUGUUCAGCAGCCGGACAAAGCUGGGCAAGGCGGCCCUGUCUACUCCGAUCAGUGGUAGCCCGGGAGGUCUCGGCGUGAUGCGCGGUAUGACCCCACCGCUAUCUGGCAGUGGCACGCCAUCGCUAAAUUUCCAGCUGAACCAACAUCAGAAAAUGCGCCAACAGCAACAGCAGCAGCACCAUCACCACCACCAUCGACAGCACCGGCACGCGUCACCGGCGCCGUCGUCCGGCAUGGGUUCCGUUGGUGGGGGUUCGACCGUGGGUUCGGUCAUGAGCGGUGGCCCUCAACAGCAGCAGUCGCUGCUGAAUCGUAGCUAUCGAAGGUAAGUUAGGACCACUGUUACAUAUUUACUUACACGACUAUAGGGUUACGGAUGGGAGUUCUACAUAGGUUGUGUGAUGUUUUUUUUUUCUGGACAACGUUUUACGAAGUUUAGUCGGAUUCAUAUGGCCCUUUAUGCGAAUAUCACAGUAUGAUAUUUAGCAAUUUUCCAGUGUUCUUAUAUUUCAAAUUGAAUAUAUCUAAAUUUGUCAAACUUGAUAACGUUAAACGAGAGUGCCUUUGAUUUAAAGUGGUGUCAAUGUCAAAACGACACUAGUUUUAACAAGCCGAAAAAGGACGAAAAAACCCGGUAAAACCCGCAAAAGUUUUUUAGUUUUUUUUUAUAUUUCGGCUUAAUAAAACUAGUUUCCGCCCUGGACAAAUCCAUACAAAUUCCGGUUUCAAAGGAGCAGUCAAAAUAUGAACAUCACCCCAUGCUCCUCUCCAGCCACUCCACGUUAAACGCGUUGUUUAUUAUAGUAAAUCAAAUUCUAUUUUUUUAUUUCCUUCACAAUCAUUGACGGGAUCAUGACGGUAGAUGGCACUGUUUUUCUCAGCUCGCCAUUGAUAGUUUCGUAAAAUUUCCGCAUAUCAUUUUGUUUCAUACUGUUUUGUGCCUCAGUAAUUACCUACUAUCAACUUCUUUCUGUGAAAAUCGCGUUAAGUACUGUUCUUUUAAAUUCCACUCAGAAUUUGCUUCCUUUGGCAGAUACGUAUUUCGACCUCAACUGUAAGGUCGUCUUCAGUGUCUCGUAAUUGUCUCAACUCGAGUCGAGGUAUUAAACGAUAUUGUAUUUGUUAUGCCUUUGCAUUUUCUCUGAUCCGACUAUACAAAACCUUUUGCAUACUUGGUAAAAAGUUUUCCAGAACACGACAUGCAACCAACUCAAAUCUAAUGAUAACAAUUUCGUCGAAAGUAACAGAAUAAAAAAUAUGAUAGAACCGCCUUUGUUUUGGCGAUACAAUCGGAACUGCACAGCCCCCCGUCACUACAUAUUAGUAGAACGGAACUGAUCAAACGAACAUUAUAAAAGCUACUAGCAUGGUAUCAGUCAGAUAGUGGAGGCACACUUCGAAGCGGACCUUAAUAGGUUAUACACAACCUCGACGACACUCUCCGCUCCCAUAUAUUGAACAAAAAUCAAGAAGUUUGUAACUUACAGUAGAAUUGUGCGGUCGUCGAAGAAAAUAAUCAAAUCAAUAAUGGUGCUCAGUUUCGGUUUCAGUUGUGAGGCGUUUUUUUUUUCUCUUUAUUUCUCUGUUGUGGUUCCGCAUUAGGAAUGUUUUUCGAGUUCUUUAGGGUACACAUAGGAUAUAAAAUAAAUAUUUUUUUCCGUUUGACGCUUGUAACAUUAGGUGGUAAGUAGAUGUGUUAGCGAGCAAGCAGCGUAACCAGACCAGCUAAACAAGACAAACUUAAGGCGAUUUUUAAGAAUUAUGUGUUUUAUAUAAAAAAAAAUGAUAACGGAAACGAUCAGACUGCUUUUUCCUCUCUAGAAAGGAAAUACAAGAAGAUUUCUUUGAGAUUA